AUGGCUUUCAGACUGGCUGCUUUGACUGUAACAUUUGCCAUUUUGGGAGGUUACUGGUCCAGGAACCAGGAGACAUUGUGUCGAUGUCGUCCCGGUGAUGAUUGUUGGCCUUCAAAGGCAACAUGGGAUCAACUCAAUGAGACCAUAGGUGGCAACCUGGCUCAAUUACGGCCAGUAGGCGCCGUUUGCCACGAAGCGGACUACAUCGAAAGUGCAUGCAAUGAUCUCAUUCAAAAUUAUCGCAACACCACAUGGCGUGUUGAGAAUCCGGGUAGGUUCCAGCAAACACUUGGGAACAUUGGCGAGCGGAAGAGCAAAGUUGUCACGUUAAAAAUCCCCCCCGAGUCCAGUCAAUGUCACCAAGGUCGCGUCUCUCACUACUCAGCCUACGUCCAAUCCGUUGCAGAGGUACAACACGUAGUUCGGUUUGCUGCGUCUCAUCGCCUGCGAAUUACCAUUCGCAAUACCGGCCACGAUCUAGCGGGUCGAUCCUCGGCUCCGAACUCGCUGCAAAUUCAUACUGCCGGUUUAAAGGGUAUUCAUCAUAUGGAUUCCUUCACUCCCCACGCUCCAGUCGGACAAUCGGUUAUACCAGAAGGCCCAGCAGUGAGAGUGGGAGCUGGGGUGCUCACAGUUGAUCUUUAUUCAGCCGCUGCAGACGGCGGAUUCACUGUUGUAGGAGGAAGCUGCAGUACGGUAGGUAUUGCAGGUGGUUGGAUACAAGGCGGAGGUUAUGGCAUUCUUACCCCAUCGCGAGGCCUUGGGGUUGACAAUCUGCUGGAGGUCGGUGUGGUUACUGCAGAGGGAGAGUACGUUAUCGCAAACCAAUAUCAGAACCAUGACCUGUUUUGGGCGAUCCGUGGAGGCGGCGGAGGAACCUUUGGUGUUAUCGUGGAUGUUACAAUGCGAACCUACCCUGAUACGCCAAUUGUCGUAUCAAAGAUGAAUAUCAUUAGUCCUGAUGGAGCGGACAAUGUUUUCUGGAACGCCGUGACUGAUUUGCUGCACACUAUCCCUAUGUUGGUGGAUCGUGGUGAUGCUGUUCAAGCCUUUGCUAUGCCAAUUUUGCCCGACAAUGCAGCAUUUCUGACCAUCGAGUCCUAUCUCAUCAAUAAUACGCACCCUGGAGGCCAGGAGGCUCUGGAUGAUCUCCGUGACCGUAUUGAAGCACAUGGUCUAUCAGUACAGUCCUCCGAGGAAUCCUUUGAUCGCAUAUCCUCAUAUCUUGCGCUCCCCAAAGGCUUGGAACAGGCAGGAAUCGGGAUGAUGGCUGCGUCGCGACUGAUUUCGCGAGACCUGAUGGUUUCAGACGAUGGACCAUCCCAUAUCAGCCAGACCCUCGCCAAGUUGACUUUUUCACCCGGUGAUGUAGUGAGUUUGGAAGGCAUGGUGGGUGGACCCGCAGUUCAACGUAGCGGCGCAGAGAAGCGUGCAACCCAUCCAUCCUGGCAAUCUGCAUGGAUGUCUUUGAGUCUGGGCCGCGGCCUGCCCUCGGUUCCGGAUUGGGCCACUUACAACCGUGUCCAGCAUGAGUUGGCAACUACACAGCUACCGGCGCUUGAGGCUCUCGAGCAUGGAAUGAUGGGAGGGUAUCUUGGUACUCCAUUCCCGUACGAAGCUCAUCCCUCGAAAGUGUUCUGGGGAUCUAACUAUGAUCGUCUAUUGGAUGUCAAGGCGGAAUGGGACCCUGAAGACUUGUUCAUGACGCGAAUGGGGAUUGGGUCAGAGCGAUGGGAUGACGAAGGCAUUUGUCAAGUCAAUUUGCUUGAUCGCCAUUUAUGGCCAUACCUUCAGCAUGUACAGGUCAGGCUAUUCAGCUUCUUAGACCACAUUCAUGACUCUAUCUAA